GUUUUGUCACUGCUGAUGUAUAUAUAUCGGAUGAAUGGGAAAUCUCUACCAUAAUAAAUGUUUAUUCAAAAUGAAUAUUUUGAUUUUAUUCUGUCUAAUUUUUUCGCCCGUUCAUGGGCUUAAUUUAACUCCAAUAGUUAAUUUGACUAGUGGUCCUAUCCAAGGUAAAGUUACUGAAUAUGAAUCAAUUGAUGUUUACCAGUUUCUUGGCAUUCCUUAUGCAAAGCCACCGGUUGGUAAGUUGAGGUUACAGUUACCAGUUAAACCCGAUCCAUGGACUGAGGUUAAAUCAGUGACUGACUUUGGCCCAGCUUGUUUCCAACCAAUGAAUCCGGUUUUAAACAUACCUUAUACAGGAAAAACUAGUGAAGACUGUCUUUAUCUAAAUAUCUAUGUUACUGAAUCAACUUUUAAUAACUCAUCAGAACGACUACGACCAGUACUUUUCUGGAUUCAUGGAUGAGCUUUUACAUUUGGUUAUGGAAAUCAAGGAAACACUGAAGGAAUUCCAAUGGUCCCGUUACAUGAUGUUAUACUUGUUACUAUAAAUUAUCGUCUUAAUGCAUUCGGUUUCAUCUACUUUGGAGCCAAUGAACCUCGAAUUCCUCCAAAUAUUGGUUUUCAAGAUCAACUAUUUGCUUUGAAAUGGGUUCAUGAAAAUAUUCAAAUGUUUGGUGGUGAUCCGAAUAGUGUGACAAUUUUUGGUGAAUCUGCCGGAUCUAUGUCAAUCUCUGCUCAUCUAUUGUCCCCACCUUCAAAAGGACUAUUUAAACGCGCUAUUCUUGAGUCAGGAACAGUUUAUACAGAUCACGAUGUUGAUGUCUUGAUUACAGAUUCUUGGAAACUUUACAACAAAACAUCAUGUUCAAAAUCGGAAGAUGUUCUUGAAUGCAUGCAGAAUUUGACAGCAAAUGAAAUCCUAAACAGUCUGGAUAAUAAAUUAGUAGCAUUUACCUUCACAGCUGGUGGCAAUAUACUUCCAUACGAACCAUCCAAAUUCUCGCAGAUGAUUAUAUGAUAUUCAGUUGACCUUUUACUGGGCGUUGAAAAGAAUGAAGCUUUCGAAGUUUCAUGAAUGCUAUCGAUCCCAUGGCCUUCAAAUACUUUUCUCCUGCCCCGAUAUCUUUCAUGAAGCUACAAACUUUUGGAACGUAUUUGAUUCUAAAUCAAUUGACUAUUCCGUGAACUCUACUUUGGUCCGGAAACUAACAACUCAGAUUAUUUGCGAGCUCAACUCGAAAGAGCCUACAGUGACCUUUUUUUUGUUUGUCCGACUUAUAUAUUUGGGCAUCAAUACGCUUCUUACUUAGGCAAACAGGGUGGUAAAGUGUAUGCUUAUUACCACACACAGAGACCAAAAGCUUAUCUUCCUUUUUUUAACGAAUGGAUGGGAACUUUUCAUUCUUCUGAUAUUCCAUAUGUUUUCGGGUUACCUCUGAUAAAUCCUGGUUAUUCACAGAAAGAUAUUUCAUUGAGUCGUGAAAUGAUGAAAAUCUGGACUCAUUUUGCUGAAAAUGGUGAGCCUCCAAUGGUUGGUGAAACUAAAUGGAAACCGUUCCAAGAAAAGAUGUCAGCAAUGAUACUAAACAUAGAUGAUUGGGGGAAAACUGAAUUGGAAAGAGUUGAAUUCUGUCUCAAAGAAUGGGAUUAUUUAUAUCCACAUGUUAGUAAGAAAUUUCAGUUAUUCAGAUAUCAAUCGCCAAUCCUAUAAAAAGAGUCCAUGCAAUGGGAAAACUCAAUUUAAAUCAUGUCACAAAAGAUGUGCUGCGAGAUGAUAACUAGGUGAUUGUUCAUUGCUUAUUUUGUUAGCAUACAAUAACAUUUCAAUAUUAUUUUAAUAUUCUAUUUCCAUUUCAAUAAAUUUUCACUGAUUCUUAUAAAUAUUAUUGAUUUCCAUAUCAAUGUUGAUCAUCUUUAAAUAAAAAUGAGUAUCUACCGAUUAACGCAUAGAAAUCUAUUA